AUGCCCCAGAUUUUGUAUAGAUUGGAGGACGAUCCCGAACCACACCUUCUCAAACUCCGUCGCAUCAACCCUACCUCGCUACUUCCCCGGUGUCGAUGCUCGUCUUCUUCAUCUGUCAGGGGCUGUGCUCUGGGGAUAAUGCUUUUCAACCUCGGCAUGACAGCUGAUGCCGCUGCCGCACAUAACAACGAGCUUGCUAGCUCUCAUUCGGACACCCAACUUUCUAUCCCAUCCCGCCACGCCUCACCUAGUCCUUUUUCAUUCGGCAGUUUGCCUCCAUGGAGAUCCAGCAGUCGCGCCGGCAGAGAGAAAAGCGCAGAGCCUGAGAGACCUCGCUAUGAGCAACGGCGUUCAAUGCCAGUCACCGCUAUCGAGCCUAUCUCUUCGAGCGACGAUGACCGUUAUUCAACCGCCGGACCUUCGCCAGUCCGAUCUCAGUUCGCCCACUUGAAGUCAUCAAAGCCAACCCUGCGACCGAAAACUACGUAUCAGCUUGCCCAUCCCGCAACCAAUGCACGCCACAAGCGGUUAAAGCUUAGACCGAAGCUUCUCCUACAGCUCCAGCGCGUGUCAUUUACCUCGCGUCCGGUACCUGUCUUUGAUGUCUUGCCGUCAACUCUGUUCAUGCCGAGAUUCGCGCGCAAAGUUCCGAACAUCCUUCGCGGUAAGCGGGGAUUAGGCCCUAACGAUUUGAUAGUCACAACCAGCGAUCUGUACGAGCGAGCAGCGGGAGACGGAGAGAAGAGCCUCAGCUCAGACGAAGAAAAUGGAGAGCACCGCGACGUUGUUGGGACGAUUUGCCAGCUGCUCAAGGAGGACGCCUUGGCAAAGGGGAAAGCAGAAAUAUGCCUCGAAUCUGGGGCAGUAUGGGAGGCUACACCCCUUCCCAAUGGCUCAUAUGAAUUUGCCGCAAAUACCAACUCGGGGCUCAUGAUCUUGCGAUGGGUACGGCGCGGACCAAAGAAGCGUCGUUUAUCCGCUCCUCCGGGUUCGAUAUUACCGGAAGACACUACUCGACGCUUCACAUUUAGCAUCAUUGACCCCACCACUCGCCGUCACCCGGUUAUUGCAUCGAUGACCCGUAAUAAUCUUGAAGUAUACGACCGAUACUCAUUACCUUCUACUGCGCCUUCUUCACCCACAUCUGCCAUGUCGGUCAUUAGUGAUAACUCCGAGUUUGAUGAUCCAUUGGACCAGCAGGUGAUUGAAACUGAUGAGGCUCUCCGCAUGUUAAUCAUCGUUACGGGGAUCUGGGUUGCGUUCCGGGAAGGGUGGUCGCACAAUUUUCGCUACAAUGACGCUGCCACGAGUCCGAAAGCUGUCCGUUCUCCGAGUGUCUCAAAACCUACAUCAACAGGCGAGGACGACCGAGCCAUCUCCGGAAGAGACAGCGAUCAGGAUAAGCAAGCGCCGACGGACUCGAACCGCCGGGUAGUCACCUGGACUCGGACCUCUCACCAGAGCCCAACAACGGAUCGGUCAGUUCAGUAUAAUAGUUUAUCAAAGCGCUCCAAUUCCACCGGCGCGGCCUUCAUUGAAAGGACCAACAGGCGUAAUUCAUCGAGCACUCGGCAUAACGCGCUCUGCAGCCCGCGUCAGUCGUAUGACGGAUCAGCCGAGCCCACUCGACGAAAUGGAAGGUCUCGAUUUGAACAGCGAAAAGCGGAGAGGGAAGAAACGAAACUCGAUUUGACACCCGCGCAACUCAAAUCAACACGUUGUUCAAAGCAAGACGGACAGACACCCAGUAAUCAAUCGGAAACCCCGCGGCCGACGAAAGGCAAGCGUCGACACCGUUUCAGUAACCUCUUCGACUUCUUGAUUCGAAAAGGCGGGCACCAUCACGAUUGA